AUGUCAGUGGUUUUGACGACGUUUGAAGCGUUCCGAGGCAAGGAUUGUCCAUUGGAGACUUGCGUGUCGACAGGGCUUUACUAUGCAGAUCCAGCGUGUUCGUGGUCGACUGUGUGGAAGGCUGCACAAUGUGGAAUUGCAGCUAUGGAGAAGAAUGCAACCGAUAUUAGAGACGCAGGAUCGACGACGCUCUGGUCUGAAGAUGGUGAUUUCACGCUUGUUCCGGACAUUCAACUGUUUAAGCAUGUGCUUCACGAGAGCUCGGGCUCGGAUGGCAUUGAAAAUGUCUUAGGAUUCGGAUCAAUGGAUGAUUCUACCAUUGAUGCUGACGUUCUCUUUACCAUUCACCAGAUUGCACCACUACCGAGCACCAUAGAGAACUGCCCGAUAGAGCCGUUCUUUGUUGCCCCCUGCGUGCAGUUCCACAAUGCUGAGGCGGAGAGUUGGUGUCUACCUAUCCGCGGUGGAUUUGUCGACCUGUGGCUUGACAGUGAGAUUUCAGGUGAGUCGAUGUCCUCUGGCAGCACAACGAACCUCUUCUGA